AUGGGCCUUACAGCAAGGGAAAAAGAAGACGUUAUUCCAGGUAUCGUUGAUACCAGGAUAAAGGCCAUUAUUGAGGAUUCUAUUGUUAACGCCUUCCAACAUGGGGGGGUACUGGCCGCCAUAGUGCCCUCCAUUGUGUCCGCUGUACGCGAAGCUGUUGUCGACUCCAUUCAAGCUGAGCUGGCGAAACACUACGAGGAGGCACACCAGCAACGGGAAGAGCUUGAGGACCUGAAAAUGAAGUAUACCAACCUCAAGUCUGAAUUCAACACGCUCCAGACCAAAGUAAACAACCUUGAGCAGUACUCCAGGAGGAAUUGCGUAAUCAUUUCUGGAAUACCUGAAACACCUGGUGAGCGGAGCACGGAUAACCCAGUUUUGUCUGUUGCGAAUGAUACGCUCAAAUGUGAUCCUCCAUUUAACAUCAACGACAUUGACCGAUCCCACCGCCUGGGGAAACCCAGAGGAGAUGGAAAGCCUCGUCCGAUCAUCGUCAAAUUUUGCUCGUAUAGGUCUAAGGCAGCUCUCAUGCGGGCCAAGACCAGCGGCAGGGCCGCCUUGAAGGAGAACGGAAUCUUUGUAAACGAAAACUUGACGAAAGCCAACAUGGAUCUGUUGAAGGACGCCCGGUCUCUCGUGAAGAUGAAACUACUCAACCAAGCCUGGUCAUAUGAUGGAAAAAUAUUCGUCAAGACUCCUCAAGACGAAAGGCGGGUAUUGUACACAGCGAUCGACUUGGACGCUUAUCGGGUCCCCGAGUAAUGACUUUGAUUGA